GCGCCGACAGACUUUUUCUGUUGCUUUCAUACCUCAGUGUUUUUAGCUAGCCGGCUAUAACUAAGACUAAGUUAAGCUAUUUGAACACCUAACUUCAAAGUUAGUUGAUUUCAUCAGGUAGGAAAGCCACUGUGAAUCAUAAGAAUUGCAAUGAUGUCAAAGUCAAAGAUGUGCAACAGACCAAAAAAGCAAGAGACUGCCCAGUGGACGAGGUUAUUUGAAAACGACUUGAAAACCCAAGAACAGUCAGAGGUCUUCGUAAAACGAAUGAUGGCCCUGGCUGUCUCCUCCAUCACAUAUCUCAGAGGAAUAUUCCCAGAGGACGCCUACAAAUCUAGAUAUCUGGAAGAUUUAUGCAUCAAAGUAUUACGAGAAGAUUGUGCAACACCAGGUGCACGCAAAAUAGUGAAAUGGAUGAUGGGCAGCUUUGACGCAUUACACAGGAGAUAUCUUCAGGUUGCGUUUAUUGGGGUUCACACUAAUCCAGAUGACCCCAAUUCCAUCAUUGAGUCCUACCAAUUCAAAUUCAGAUACACAGACCAGGGACCACAGAUGGACAUACUCAGCAACAAGGAUGCGGAGAUGAAGGUGACCAUGGAGGACACCAAAAAAGCAUCGGUCCUCCUGACCAGGAAGUUGUUCCUCCUCCUGCAGAACCUGGACGUCCUCCCCAACGACGUGUGCCUCACCAUGAAGCUCUACUACUAUGACGACGUCACCCCAAGCGACUAUGAGCCUCCUGGCUUCAAAGAAGGUGUGUGUGACACCCUGUGGUUCGAGGGCAUGGCCGUCCACUUCCGGGUAGGGGAGGUGGAGACCCCGUUCCACACCCUGAAGGUGCGGGUGGCAGCGGAGCAGGGCCGCGUGGAGAAGCUACAGGAGGGGAAGCAUCUGAGGGAAAGCCAACGGGCGUCAUCUGAAACCCAAAGCACUCUACUGGAGAUAGCCGCUCAGGCUGGGGCCUCUGACCCUGAGGGAUUUACAGAGGAGGAUUUCCCAUCCGAGGAUGAGUCUGCGCAAUUCAAGAAACCUCAAAAAGCUGCAACAAAGAGGAAAGCAGGUGCCAACAAGCUCUCAGGAAGGAAAGGAAGGAGAGCUGAGCCUUGAGCCUGGCACCCUCUAGUGUUGUUAAAU